AUGAUGACUACACCGUACUCCUCAGACGAUAUUCAUUCUCCGGUAAACUCGACAGUGAUUGCCAUCGACAAAGAGAAGCAAAGUCAUUACGCUGUUCGUUGGGCUGUCGACCAUCUCUUCACUGCAAUUCAUAAUCCAUUCAUAACCUUGCUCCAUGUUCGUCACAAAAUCUCAAAUCAUGGAGGAAACGGAGCCAACUUUAAUAAUGAUGAUCUAAAUCAGCUUUUUGUUCCAUAUCGAGGAUAUUGUGCAAGAAAAGGGAUUUCAAUGACGGAGGUUAUUCUAGAGGAUUCGGACGUGGCAAAAGCAAUCUUGGACUAUGUUAAUAACAACCUCGUUAACAAUCUUGUGUUGGGAUCAUCCUCCAAGAACGCAUUUGCUAGGACUCUUAUGUUUAGCAAACCCCAUGAGGUGCAAGCUAGCAUACUGAAAUCGACGCCUGAGUUUUGUUCGGUCUACGUAAUUUCUAAAGGGAAAGUUGUGUCAUCUCGACCGGCUCAAAGACCUAUCACUAAUACGCUUGCUCCUCCUCGUGUUCCCUCCUCUGGCUUUCUAAUCCAAUCUUUAUCCGAUAGCGAGCAAGAUUUUGUACCUAGGGUUCAACGUAGCGCAAGGAGAAAAUCUACAGAGAUAUAUCCGCACAAUCGUGCCUUCAACACAACGCAACAAAGGCAGAUAAACCCUAAAAAGAAUGAGUCGACCGAUUUCAACAACGGCUUUACUCAAGUUUCGUUCCAAAGGAAACCGACAAUACAAAGUUCAUUUUCCGAUGAAUCUGAAGGUGGUUUAGGCAUGAUAGGUUCCAUUGAUCUCUCUGCUCAUAAUUUAGAUUACUAUGGUGCAUCGAGUUCUUCAGACGAGUCAAUUCCUCAAACAACUAAAGAUAUUGAAGCUGAAAUGAGAAGGCUAAAGAUUGAACUCAAACAAACUAUGGACAUGUACAGCUCAGCUUGUAAAGAAGCACUUACAGCAAAAAGAAAGGCAAACGAGCUAAAUCAAUGGAAAAUAGAAGAAGCACGUAAAUUCGAGAAAGCUAGGCUUUCUGAAGAAGCAGCAUUGGCAGUUGCAGAAAUGGAGAAGGCAAAGUGUAGAACGGCCUUAGAAGCAGCCGAGAAAGCACAAAGAAUGGCAGAGCUAGAAGGACAAAGAAGGAAGCAAGCAGAGAUGAAAGCAAGAAGUGAAGAAGAGGACAAAGACCGAGCAAUGACUGCUUUGGCGCAUAACGAUGCUCGUUACAGAAGAUAUACGAUAGAAGAGAUCGAAGAAGCCACAGAGAGGUUUGGAAAUCAUAGGAAAAUUGGAGAAGGAGGAUAUGGACCUGUGUACAAAGGCGAACUUGACCAUACUCCUGUUGCUAUCAAAGUCUUGAGACCUGAUGCUGCUCAAGGAAGAAAGCAAUUUCAACAAGAAGUUGAGGUUCUUAGUUGCAUAAGACAUCCUAACAUGGUCCUUCUCCUUGGUGCAUGUCCAGAAUAUGGAUGCUUGGUUUAUGAGUUUAUGGAAAAUGGGAGCUUAGAGGACAGACUCCUACGCAGAGGGAAUUCUCAACCGCUUUCUUGGAGGAAACGUUUUGAAAUAGCGGCUGAUAUAGCUACUGCCCUCUCAUUCCUUCAUCAUGCUAAACCAGAACCUUUGGUUCACCGAGACCUCAAACCGGGAAAUAUACUCUUAGACAAAAACUAUGUGAGCAAGAUCAGCGAUGUUGGUUUAGCCCGGUUAGUCCCCGCAUCAGUAGCUGAUAGCGUCACGCAAUACCACAUGACAUCUGCAGCAGGAACAUUCUGUUACAUAGACCCUGAAUAUCAGCAAACAGGAAAGUUGACCACGAAAUCAGAUAUAUACUCGUUGGGAAUAUUGCUCCUCCAGAUUAUAACCGCAAAACCACCCAUGGGGCUUGCUCACCUUGUUGCGAGGGCAAUCAGUAGAGGAACUUUCAAGGAAAUGCUUGAUCCGGUCGUGUCUGAUUGGCCACUACAAGAAGCUCAAUCUUUUGCUAUUCUAUCGUUGAAAUGUGCGGAGCUAAGAAAAAGAGAUAGACCUGAUCUUGGUAAGGAUGUAGUCCCACAACUUAUUCGACUUAAAAACUUAGGGAAUGACGCUGAUUUAAGUUUAUGA